AGGGAGAGAGAUAUUCAGACAGAGGAGAUCCUUGGCAAACUGAAGUGAGAGAAAGAAAAGACAUCAGCCAGAGGAGUGUGUUUGAGUGUCUGUGUUGAGAAGAAAACUUGAGAGUGCAUGCUCCUGUGUAUAUUUUGAAUGAGUGGAAUGCACAGUUGCUCCCAGGAGAAAGGAUCCACAAUGAUUUUGGAAAUCUAAGAGAAUUUUGCUGGGAAUACUGUUUGGAAUACUCUGGAUAUGUGACCUGCUCGGGGAAAUCUGUUUUCCUUUAAACCUGGGCCUCACUUUUUUCUUUUCAUAAACUCAUUCCCUCUAAUUUCUAUUGAAUUGGAGCCAAGCCACAAUGCCUACCGACGAUUAUAACUACCUGCCUGAUGCGUUACCUCCUCUUCCUGAAGUCCCGGACUCCGGCGCAGCCCUGAGCUCCGUAGACAUACCAGCCCGCUGCCUCCGCAACCCGGCUUUCCGCCAUACCUCCUCACGCUACUGCUCCGCCCUCAGCAUGGACUCCUCUCCCGACAGUGCCGAAAGGCCAAUCAGCUACAGCUCCACGUCUUCCUCUGCUUCCUCCCGCGACAGUCAUUGCUCGCUGGGCAGCCGCUCCACCCUCGUCCCUGCCCCUCACUGUAACCUGGUGACCUCAGACCGGGACUCUGGGGCAAUUCGGUUGGAACUGGUUCCAGCCCGGCAGCUGGGAUGCCGGGAGGAAGAUGACAAAAAUGAUGGCGGGGUGGACACAAGGAGGGGACAAGGGAGACAGAGCAGUGGACAGAGUCUGACAGAACAUUCAGAGCCUGAGGUGAGCCCAGAUGGAGGAGAGCGGACAGGUCCAGUGCAGGGACCCAGGUCGUAUGUUGACCGGGUGGUGCAGGAGAUACUAGACACAGAGAGAACCUACGUCCAGGACCUGCACAGCAUUGUAGAGGACUACUUGGAGUGUAUCAGCAAUCAGUCUCGGCUGGCCUUGAGCUCUGAGGAUAAAGGCUCUCUAUUUGGCAACAUCCAGGACAUCUACCACUUUAACAGGGAUCUUUUACAUCAUCUUGAGAAGUGCAACGCUGACCCUGUGGCCAUCGCAGAGUGCUUUGUAUCCAAGAGUGAAGAAUUCCACAUUUAUACUCAGUACUGCACCAACUACCCACGGUCGGUGGCUGUGCUAACAGAGUGCAUGAGGAACAAGGCGUUGGCCAAGUUUAUUCGCGAGCGCCAGGAAUCUCUGAGGCACUCCUUGCCCCUGGGCUCCUACCUACUCAAGCCAGUGCAGAGGAUCCUCAAGUACCACCUACUGCUGCACGAGAUAGCCAACCACAUGGAGAAGGACACAGAGACCUACGAGGUUGUGCAGGAAGCCAUAGACACCAUGCAGAGAGUGGCCUGGCACAUCAACGACAUGAAGAGGAAACACGAGCACGCCGUUAGGUUGCAGGAAAUCCAGAGCCUGCUGACCAACUGGAAGGGCCCUGAUCUGAUCGGCUACGGAGAGUUGGUUCUCGAAGGAACGUUUCGUCUGCAGCGGGCCAAAAACGAAAGAACUCUCUUCCUGUUUGACAAACUUCUGCUAAUUACCAAGAAACGAGAAGAAACCUUCACAUACAAGGCUCACAUACUGUGCUGUAACCUGAUGCUGGUGGAAGUUAUUCCUAAAGAACCACUGAGUUUUAGUGUUUUUCACUACAAGAAUCCCAAACUUCAGCACACGGUGCAGGCCAAAUCACAGCCUGACAAGCGCAUGUGGAUCUUACACCUCAAGAGACUCAUACUUGAAAACCAUCCGGCCAAAAUCCCUGCCAAGGCUAAGCAAGCAAUUUUGGAGAUGGAUGCGAUGCAUCAUCCCGGGUUUCAUUACAGCCCUGAUGGAGACAAGAAGGAUUCCUCUCAGACCAAGGAGGGUCUAACCCCUCGUAGAGGACGCAGGAAAGAACCUCUAUCCAAAUUGUUGAAGAAUGCCAAGCAGAAUGCUGCCAACACAGAUGGUGAAAAGCGAAUAAGUCUGGGUGCCACCCUGCUCUCGCCAAUGUCCCAGCUGGCUUUGGGCACCAUCGGUCGCAGCCGCAGCCUCAUCAACCAGUCACAGGAGUCCCUGGACCCCGGCGAUCACUAUGACCACAGUGAUCGAGAAGAGGAGCCACAUCAGCAAGAUGCUGAUGAUGAAGAUGACAGUGGCCUGGGAGGUGGAAAGCGGCUGCGAGUCCCUGGCAAAGGCAGUAGAAAGAGGCUGAACCCUCAGGCAUCGGUCGACAGUAUAGAACAAUGGAAGUCCUUCAACAUGAGCACUUCUGACCUACAGAGAGCCAGAGAAACCCUAGUAAGGGAAGGAAGUCGCCACCCACCCCUUCUCAGGACACCUAGAGUGACGGAGGAGCCUCCAGACACCCCCAUCCCCUCUGUAAUAGUCACAGAAAGUGACCAUUCUGUGAGGAACAUCUGGGCAGACCACCGUGCUCGCAGGGCCAUGUUCCCCACCCGCCAGCGAACCAUGCAGCCUGAUGACGAGGACGAGGACAUCUACCAGAUGUUUGUCCCAACAGAGCAGAGCGCACCAGAACCAGAGGUACCCUCGCAGAGGUCAGAGGCCACCUCGUCGCCCAAGACAGCUCGACCCUGCAGCUGGCACGUUGAACAGGUGCCCACUGUGCAGAUUGACCCUCCACCCAAUGGGAGUAGAGUCCUGCGGAGGGCGAGCAGCGCAGGGGAGAAGGCUACAGAGGCUCAACAGAGUCCUGAUGAUGACCCGGCCGGUCACAGCAACUUAGAAGUGAUCCACACUGAAUCCUCCAGCAAUGACCUAUCUGGAUCAUCCUCAGCUGAGCAGCUGACGAUAGACGAUAUUGAAAAUGUGUAUGACAACAUCAGCUAUGAGGACCUUAAGAGCAUGGGCCUGGUUAGAAGAGACCCAGAGGAGUCACAGAGAGAAACAUCUACAGAUGCACAGGGUUCCCAGGGCCAGGCAGCAAGGGUACUAAAUGCUCCAGAGGCUGCUGUGGUCACAGAUCCUAUGAUUGAACCAGACAGUUCCUUGGAUAGCAAUCAGCCCUCCACACAGGAGGAGAGGCCAUCUGGGACAUGUGAGCUCAAGAUAGUGGAGGAGAGCAUCUAUGACACCAUCUGUUUCAGGGAGCCCCCAUCAACAGAACUUAAAGGAAUGAAUGAAUGCAAACAACUACAACAAAAGAGGGACAGUCUGCCGGCCUCUGAACAAGACCUUACUGAAAGCCUUGGGGUCUUCGUGUCCGAGGAAAGCCUCCACUUUGGAGAGGAUGAGGAACCAGACACCUCUCAUCCUGUCCCAUGUUCCUUUGAGCCAGAUUAUUCCUCCUCGUCUGCCUCUGAGACUUUCUCGCAGCGCUCACAGAAAGGGGAUAAGAUGUCAGAGCAAGUCGAUGAGAUCUGGAACGAUCUGGAAAACUACAUCAAGAUCAAUGAGAAGAAAGCUGAUCGACUCCCUGCUGCCUUCCCUGUUAGUGCCAGUGAGUCGCCUAAGAAGGCAUCCUCAGUCAAAAACAGCCCUACAAAGAGCUCUGUUGUAAUUAGUCCUCAAGCUGCUAGCCCUCCAACCAAGAGUACCCCAGCGCAUCAGUCUAAACCCCCAACUGUCACCUCCACACCGUCAUUCACCAUCCCAGUCAUCAACCUCCCUGAUCUUCAAAGUGAAGGCACCAAUGCAGAAGAAAACCACAGCCCUGCUCCUGCGUCACGCCCCCUUCCUGUCACCCCAGAGCCCCUCCCAGGCACAGUAAAGAGCAUCCGUAACAGACUGGCUCGCCUCAGCAGCGGCAGCUUCCGCCUAGAGGAUGACGACCUGGUGGAGCUUCCUCAACGAAGUACCCCUCAAAAGGAUAUUCCCCUCAAGGACCUUCAUAGCUUGUUUCCAGGGGAGUUGGCAGGUCUGGACUCCCCCCUGGCCUCCUCAUCUCUCCUGCUGGGUGAGUCUGUGGACAUUGAACUGGAAAAAUCAAAGAACCGGGUGUUCCUGAUGGCACGGCAGUACAGCCAGAAGAUCAAGAAAGCCAACCAGCUGUUGCGCAUGAGGAGCAUGGACCCUGGAGACGCUUGUACUCGGACCAGAGCUGAGAAGAAGCAGAAAGACCUGGCAGCCAUCUUGGAAGAAAAGAAACAAGGGGGCACUGCCAUAGGUGCAAGGAUAGCAGAGUACUCCCAGCUCUAUGACCAGGUAAUGUUUAAGGAUCCUCCCGGUCCUGCUGGCCCACAUCACGCCCAUCCAGGGCUGCCGUCUUCUCCGUCCAUGCCUGAGACCUCCCUGGAGGAGGACUGGCUCCACUCCACUUACAGCAACGGAGAGCUGGCCAGCUUCGUCUCCGCAUCCAGCGAGUUGGGCGAUGCCUGGGCUUCUUCUACCCCGCAGCGCAGACUUACAUCCGCCUGCUCCAUCCCUUCUCUCAAGACCUCCCCUCCCUCUCCAACCACCCCACCAUCCCAGAGAUGGAGCUCGUGCAUGUCAGCGCCAAGCGAAAAAGAGGAGCAUGUGUACAGUUCCAUUAACAGACAUCCUUCCUUUAAUGCUCCAUCUUCGCCCUCCUCCUCAAAGUCUUCCCCAUCCAGUCACUGUCAGUCACUCAGCUCUCUAGGCAGCCAGCAGCAGCAGAAGAACCAGUCUGGACUCAAAUGUAACAGACCCACAGACAGACUCCGCGGCCCCAGUCUGGGUCGCGCUGGUCGGCAGAGUAGCCUCCCAGAGCGCUCUACCCAGGGACACUCAGACCUCACUUUACACGACGGUCAACAAGUGGUGGUCCUGAACCGGGCUUCUGCACUGAGCAUACUCAACGCCACCCAGAACUACCUGGCUAAUUUUAAGGAUGAUGGGGAAGAUGAUGAUGACUAUGUAGAGAUCCGCUCGGAGGACGAGAGUGAACAGGAGCAGGACAGGUUGGCACGGCGGAACGGCAGCACGGCAGUCCUUUCCAAUCAGAAUCUGGGUCUUGUCCACUCCCAGAGUCUGCCAUGCACACCGGCACACUCCUGCAACCCGCUGAGGUCUCUGGACUGCGAGCAUCUGGAGAAGUACCUGUGGAGCGAGCCGCAGCAGAGCCAACCCAAAAUCGUCCAGUCUUUGAGGGAGAAGUUUCAGUGUCUGAGCUCCAGUAGCUUCGCCUGAGUCUAUAUGACAAAUAAAAGCCAAAUAUAUGUAAACAUACAGCUUAUAGCAACAAAAGGGACACUGCUGCUUUGCCUUGAAUGCCCUCCAUCAUUCAACAUCAUAGUCCACAAACAUAACACAUUUCUCAACAUAGAUCAGGACCAUAUUUGUAACAACUUAUGUGAAACUCUCUCUUACAGUGCUUCAGUGUAAAAUCCAUGAUAGGUUAAUAUUAAUAGCAAAGCCUGCAUGUGAGCUGCUUUAGCACUUCCAGGUUCAAACUGUCUUCUUGUGUAUGUUUCAAAUAAAUCUGGUUGUGAAACGUCAGCAAGUAGUCAAAGCAAAAAUGUUCUCAGUCGCUGAAUGGGUUUUAAUAUUCAAAGGAAUUCAAACUCUUUUAUUGCUUUACUUGUAAGCCUUGUAGAGACAAUUGGAGUCAUAUGAAUUGGUUCUGCUGGAGGACUUAGUGCCAAUAAACUGUUGUACAGUUACUGUAGUUCAGGAUUACCAAUUGUAAGAAAUAAAAUCUUGUCUGUGCGGUACUGAGGUACAAGCAUCAAAAUUCUUAUGAUCUUUGGCGGAUCUUGACUCUCCAAGUUCUUUUUUUUAAAUUUGCUGUUAAGGUUAUUUUAACUGCAUUUUAGCACUAAUUAAUCUUAACCUGUGUAGGAGCGGUUAACCACAGUGAUGGCUAGUGUUUUUAAUUGUGCUUACACUCUCAAACUGCUUUGAACAAGCAACUUUUUCAAAUUUGCAGUUCAAAUUUGUGAUCUUCAGAUUUGCUACACAUGCUAGAUUUUUUUUUUUUAUAGAAAUAAUUGUAACAAAAAGGUUGCAGCUCUAAAGAAAACAUGUCGGCUAAGAUCCAAUAGUUUAAGUAUAACUAGACUUAGACCUGUAAGUCUAUUUGAAGUUAUUAUAUUUCACUCUACCUGCCACCUUUGUCCUCAAACAAAAGGUAUCACGCUUUAAAAUUAAGAGAAAAUGCUGAUAUUUUAGAUAAUCUGUAAGAAAUCGGAGGGCUUCGUAUUUAUUUUGAAUCUGUGAGUAAAUCAGAGUUGUUUUUACAUGUUAUGGUCUAUGGGCAUCCAUCACGUAAAGUGUAAUGUGCAUCUCAACAAGUGGAUGAUUUUUUUUUUUUUAAUCAUACUAAUUUUAACCUGUGUUUUUAAGAGGGACCACGAAGGAGAACAUUAAGGAGAGAUAGUUAAAAGACUACAGUACUGUAUUUGGUGCAUUUUUUUUUAUUUCAAAUGAUAGUCUGUUUACUUUGUUUACGUUAUGGGACACUCCCAACUGUCACACUACUGAUUGCAUCCACAGUCACGGAAAGAAAGUCAUAACAAAGUUGUUAAUCACUUUAAUAAGAUUCAUACAACACAAUUGUUUUCUCUCCCCUAGAAGCAAAUCUGGUAUUUACCACACACAAAAUCACUAAAGUUGUCCUAUUUAUUUGAAAACCUCCCUGUUAUUUUGGUCCUUAUCACCAUUAGCUACAGACAAGUUGUAAAAUAAAGUAUUUAUUAAAAGGUGGUUUUAUUCAGAUUAAGGGACACAGACAAAAUUUGAAUUAAAUACUGUGAAUAUUUUCAGUAGUAGGUUUUCUCUCACGCACUGCUUAAACACAAGUUCCAAAUCAAAACAACACGUGAAAAGUUUAAAAGCACAAUAUCAUGACCUAAUGUUCAUAUCAGGAAACGGCUUAAAAAACAAGUUAGGAAUAUGAAGUAUGUGUUUUUUCAUUGUACAUUUUAUCCUAUGUUUCACUGGUGGGGAUCGUUUGUCUUCGUUGACUUUUUUUUUGCACUUUUCUGUCUUUUUUUACUUUUCAUUUGUAAACACUUUGUAAAGAUGUACAUUUUAGGAAAGUUAUUCUUGUAUGCCAUAGGUAUGCUUUAAUGCUUUAAUGUUUAAGUUAAGUGUAAUGUAUUUUUUUAACUGCCUAGUUGUCAUUGCAAAACAAUGUAUUGGAGGUAUUAAAUUCAAAUUAAACUCA